AUGGCGCGUCGCAACACGGGUAAACCAGUCGUUGAAGAUGACGACGACGAUUGGGGCUCCAACGCCAAGUGGGUUCCCGCCUCGCAGCGCGCCGCAACCGGCGGCGGUGGCGAGCAGACGCUUAAGGAACUCGAGGACGAGGCGCUGCAGAAGAACAGCGAGUUAACGGACGCGACUCUCAAUCUGCGACGAAUCACAGAGCAGACGAAGGGCGUCGCGGGACAGACGCUGGUGACGCUUAAGGAGCAAGGCGACCAAAUCACGCGUAUACACGAGAACGCCGUUACGCUGGACCAAGAAAUGGAGAAGUCCGAGAAGCUUCUGAGCAAGCUCGGCGGGAUGUUUUCGUUCGGCUGGAAGCCGAAGAAGGGUCACAAGAUCACGGGACCCAAGACUUCAGCCAACAAGAAGGACUCGGCAUCAGGGGACGCGGCGAGCCGCGAGGGCUUGGGGUUGUCGGAGCCUAAGGCGGGCGCGGCGCCUCCCAAAGCCAAGGAGGGCAUGACAGCAAUGGAGAAGAUCGAGAUGGAGCGCAAGUUCCAGGACGAGGUUUUGGACGAUGUGAGCUCUGGGCUGGAUGCGCUGAAGAACAUGGCCCUGGACAUGGGGUCCGAGAUGGAAAAGCAAGACAAGGCGUUGGACCAUCUGUCAAACGAUGUGACGGAGAUCAACAGCAGAGUGAAGCAGUCCAACAAGCGCGCCGCCAAGCUGCUCAACAAGCGCUAG